CGUGUCUCUGGCAUCACUCAAUCCCAGGAAGACUCUCCCCUUCAGCACAGGUCAGCUCUCCACCUCAGGCCGGAAGAAUGGAAGAAAGGGUCACCACUGCAGGGUUUGAGAGCACAAAUAUGACUGUCACAGCCUGGGGGACCGAGCUCACACCAACCAAUGGAAGUGACCAGGCUCCUUCUAAAUGUAACAAAGAUACCGUGACCCCAGACGUGCUGGUCUUCACCUUGGCCCUGGUGGGGCUGGCAGGGAACUCGGUGGUGCUCUGGCUGCUGGGCUUCCGCAUGGGCAGGAACGCCUUCUCUGUCUACGUCCUCAACCUGGCAGGGGCCGACUUCCUCUUCCUCUGCUACCGAUUUAUACAGAGUCUACAUUUCGUUUUCAACUUUCCUUUUUUCAUUAGAGUACUUAACAGAGCUCUCUCACUUGUAUCAACCUUUGCCUACAUCUCAGGCCUGAGCUUUCUCAGCGCCAUCAGCACAGAGCGCUGCCUGUCUGUUCUGUGGCCCAUCUGGUACCGCUGCCGCCGCCCCAGACACCUGUCAACCAUCAUGUGUGCCCUGCUCUGGGCCCUGUCCCUGCUGCUGAGCAUCCUGGAAAAAAAUUUCUCUUGGAGUCUCUUGCAUUUGUUCAGCCCUUCCGUGUGUCAGGUAUUUGACUUCAUCGUUGCGGCGUGGCUGAUUUUGUUAUUUGUGCUUCUCUCUGGGUCCAGCCUGGCCCUGAUGACCAGACUGCUGUGUGGCUCCAACCGGGUGCCGCCCACCAGGCUCUACAUGACCGUUGUGAUCACAGUGCUGGUCUUCCUCCUCUGUGGCCUGCCCUUCGGCAUCUACUGGUUCAUCAUAUUCUGGUUUCCAAAUGAAUCUAAUGCCUUCUUUGAUCUUUCCAUAAUGGUAGUACUUCUGUCCUGUGUCAACAGCUGUGCCAACCCCAUCAUUUACUUCUUCGUUGGCUCCUUCAGGCAGCAAUGGUGGAAGCAGAGACGCACCCUGAGACUGGUUCUCCAGAGGGCUCUGCAGGACACUCCUGAGGUGGAUGAACCUGGAGAAAGCCUUCCUGGGGAAACCCUGGCCAUGUCGGGAGGCAGACUGGGGCAGGGAUGA